GUUUCUUUUUUCCAGGUAUCAUAGCCACAAAGCAGUGGAGUCCGAAGCAGCAGCUCGCGAUGAUGCCACCUCGAAGAAUAUCGUCCAUGCAGCUAUAGUUUUGGCCAAUUUAUGUCAGUACCUGGCCGGAAUCGCCCUGCAACAAUCCGUUGCUGUUGUUGGCUGUAAUGUGCGCUGA